AAAUAUCCCUCCAGUCGACGACAAGAAAGGCCGCGAGACAGUUUUCUGAAAGCAUCAUAAAUCGUAUUAUAAAUAUUUAUAAACGUAUAUCUUUAACUCUUAGUGACACGAUAUUUAAUUGAAAGUAUUUAAGAAAAAAAAAGUUUACACUUUUUAUCGAGUGAAAAAGACAAGAGCUGUCAGAAUUGCCGCCAAAAAUUCUCGCAAUUGUAAUUUACAUAAUAUGAAUACAUUACAUGCUCGCAACUCUUUUGUAAUUGUAAUAUAAAAUUAAUUUAAACAUAAAUGUUGUAAUUACGCGAAUGUGUAUUUAGGAAAGUAAUUAUUUACUUUAACAGACAGUGUAUUGACUAGAUGAAUUGAUUUGACAGUUUAUUUUUUUAAAAAUGGAGCGUGUCUCGGGAUGUGUGCUCGUAGUGCUUGCUUUCUUCACACGGCUCGCGUACUCUGAAGAUUACUUCCGAAUGGGUACGAAUACAAACACAGCUGAAGCGGUGCAGUUCCUUCGAGAAUAUGACAGGGAAGCUUCUGGAAUGUGCUACAGAGUAACAAUGUCCCAAUGGAAAUUCGUCACCAACAUUACCGAGUACAACCGGCGCCGGAUGCUGGAGGAGCUGGCCCUCAGCUCCAAGUUCGAGAGGCUCUCCUGGAGGAAAGCUGCCGCUUACGACUCCACAAGACUCCCGGACCCUCAGAACAGGAGGCAGCUGGUCAAGAUUGUCCAAUCGAGCCGUGCUGCUUUACCUGAUGAAAAAUUUUCUGAGAUACAGCAACUUAUUACUGAGAUGAAAGAAAUUUAUAAUUCGGCAAAAAUAUGCCCCUACGGCCAAAAGCCAUAUGACCCUCAUGUUCCAAGACCACCAACCUAUCCCGAUUACCAGCAAAUGCAGAGCUACCAACCAACCAUGCAAUCUUACCAGCAUUACCAAGCCAACCAAGACAACCCGGAGCUCGCCAACUACUGCGAUAUGCAGUUGGAUCCAGAAAUAUCGAGGAUCCUAGCACAUUCGAGGAUUGAAAGCGAACUGUUGUAUGUAUGGAAGAGUUUCCGUGAUAAAACUGGACCCAAAUUGAAGAAUCGAUUCAUGAGAUACGUACAGUUAGCCAAUCAGGCAGCUGUAGCUACAGGGUACAGAGACGCCGGGGACCAAAUGAGAGCAGCCUACGAAGAUUCCUCAUUCCGAGCCAGUGUUGAGGAGAUCUACAACCAGGUGGUGCCACUGUACAAGCAGUUGUUUACUUAUGUGAGGAGGAAACUGGUACAAAGAUAUGGAGAGACCAGCGUGAGGAGUGAUGGUCCCAUUCCGGCUCACUUACUUGGAAAUAUGUGGGCCCAAAACUGGAAGUCCAUUAUGGAUUUGGUGAUGCCGUUUCCUCAAUCUUCUAAUAUCGACGUUACAGCCGAGAUGCUCCGUCAAGGAUUCACUCCUUUACGAAUGUUUCAAAUGGCUGAAGAGUUCUACACGUCAAUGGGUCUGAAGCCAGUGCCCCCAGAGUUCUGGCGGGGGUCCAUGCUGGUCAGGCCAGCACAGCGCAGUGUCCAGUGUACAGCUAGCGCUUGGGACUUCUGCAACAGGAUCGAUUACAGAAUCAAGCAAUGCACAGAGGUGACAAUGCAAGACCUAAUCUCCACACACCACGAGAUGGCACACGUACAGUACUACCUUCAGUACGCUGACCAGCCGCAGAUGUUCAGGGACGGAGCUAACCCCGCUUUCCACGAGGCGGUAGCCAAUGCUGUCACGCUAUCGGUCUACAAUUUGCCACAUUUGCAACGAGUUGGGCUUUAUCAAAACAAAAGCCACGACCCGUACGAAGUGAGCAUGAACUUCCUCAUGACUAUGGCGCUGGAGAAGGUGGCGUAUUUACCAUUCGCCUUUAUGGUUGACCAGUGGCGCUGGUCGGUGUUCGAAGACGGUGUUCAGAACAUGAAUACAAGAUGGUGGCAAAUGAAACUGCGGUAUCAGGGCGUUGUUCCUCCAAUAUCCAGAUCGGAAGCCGAUUUUGAUCCUGGCUCGAAGUACCAUAUCAUUUCUGACCAAGAAUACAUCAAAUACUUCCUAGCUACCAUCCUGGAGUUCCAGAUCUUCGAGCAGCUCUGUAUUGCCUCAGGUCACACUGGGCAUCUGCACGAAUGCGACGUGUACAGGAGCAGGGAUGCUGGGAGGGUCCUCAGUGACAUGAUGCAACCAGGGUCGUCUAAGCCCGCAUCGGAAAUUAUCAGGGCGAUGACGAAGGGCAAGACUAAUAGAAUAUCACCAGAAUCGCUCGUAAAAUACUUCAGACCGUUGGAACUCUGGCUUCGAGUUCAGAACCGUGAUGAGCCACUCAUCGGCUGGAGUUCAAACUAUCACGACGUAGCAUUAUUCGCCCCGCAGAGGGGCGCCAGUGGCAAUACGUACAUAUCUCUUUCUUUGUUAAGUACUACUGUAUUGCAUCACUUGUUGUAGAUAUUUAAAUAAAAUUAAAUUACAUAA